GGGUGGUGGGAUUGGAAGCAGACCCAGAUUUUCUGACUUCCCAUGCUGCCUAGACUCUCCUUGCUCAAGCCUCGACUUCCUAAAGGAUGGCUGGCCCUAUUCCUGAGUUUCAGAGAGUUUCUACAGGGCUUUUCUUCUUGUCACUUUGGGGCAUUGCUGUAGGUGACAAGCUCCUGGCAGUCCCCUUGGAUGGAAGCCACUGGCUUAGUAUGAAGGAUAUACUUGAGCAUCUCAGUGACAGGGGGCAUGAAAUCGUGGUGCUGGCGCCAGAAAUCAAUUUGCUUUUGAAAGAAUCUAAGUACUACACAAGAAAAAUCUACCCAGUGACCUACAGCCAAGAAGAGCUGGAGGACCGUUUCCGCUCCUUCGGGAACCAUCACUUUGCCGAAAGAGCAUAUGUGACCGCUGCUCUGACGGAGUACAGGAACAACAUGAUCGUGAUUGACAUGUGGUUCUUCAACUGCCAGAGCCUCCUGAAGGACUCAGACACCCUGAACUUCCUCAAGGAGAGCAAGUUCGAUGCUUUGUUCACAGACCCAGGGCUCCCCUGCGGUGUGAUCCUGGCCGAGUACCUGCAGCUGCCCUCCGUGUACCUGUUUAGGGGCUUCCCAUGCUCCCUGGAGCACGUGUUCAGCAAUAGCCCAAGCCCUGCGUCCUACAUCCCGAGAUGCUACACAGAGUUCUCUGACCACAUGACUUUCCCGCAGCGGGUGGUCAACUUCCUUGUUAGUUUCCUGCAGAAUCUGUUAUUUCACUGUCUCUAUUCAAGGUAUGAAGACAUUGCCUCGGAUCUCCUCAAGAGAGAGGUGCACUUACCCUCCUUAUUUCAGAAGGAUCCCGUGUGGCUGUUAAGAUAUGACUUUGUGUUCGAGUAUCCCAGGCCAGUCCUGCCCAACAUGGUCUUUAUUGGAGGGACCAACUGCAAGAAGAUAGGAGCCCUGUCUCAGGAAUUUGAAGCUUAUGUUAAUGCUUCUGGAGAACAUGGAAUUGUGGUUUUCUCUUUGGGAUCCAUGGUCUCAGAGAUUCCAGAGAAGAAAGCUAUGGCCAUUGCUGAGGGUUUGGGCAAAAUACCUCAAACGGUCCUGUGGCGCUACACUGGAACUCCGCCAUCAAAUCUUGCAAAGAAUACAAUACUUGUCAAGUGGUUACCCCAAAAUGAUCUGCUUGGUCACCCGAAGACUCGGGCAUUUAUCACCCAUGCUGGCUCCCACGGCAUUUAUGAAGGGAUCUGCAACGGUGUCCCCAUGGUCAUGAUGCCCUUGUUUGGAGAUCAGAUGGACAACGCAAAGCGCAUGGAGACACGGGGAGCUGGUGUGAACCUGAACGUCCUUGAAAUGACUGCCGAUGACUUAGAAGACGCUCUAAAAAAAGUCAUCUAUGACAAAAGCUACAAGGAGAACAUCAUGCGCCUCUCCAGCCUACACAAGGACCGUCCCAUAGAGCCGCUGGACCUGGCGGUGUUCUGGGUGGAGUUCGUGAUGAGGCACAAGGGGGCGCCACACCUGCGCCCUGCAGCCCAUGACCUCACUUGGUACCAGUACCACUCCUUGGAUGUAAUUGGCUUCCUCCUGGCCAUAGUACUGUUUGUGGCCUUCGUCGCCUUUAAGUGUUGUGCCUACGGCUUCCGGAAAUGCUUUGGGAAAAAGGGGAGAGGGAAGAAAGCCCACAAAUCCAAGACACACUGAGAAGUGGGUGGGGGAAAAGGAAAAAGUUUGUUCAAUUCUCUAAUCAAAUGCAAACUUGAAAGCAGAGUCAGUGUUAAAUUCUUUUCAUUCUCAAUAAAGAAAUCCUUUGUGAAAAGUUAGACAUCCUUGAAGUAUUUUUAAAAAAUAAAAAUAAUCUAAUCCCUGGUCACUCCUGGAGGCAAGGGAAUUUGAAUAUGGAUUCUGACUCGCCAGUGUCUUGAGUCCAUGCUACCCUUGUUUGUCAAAUGACAUAAAAAGAGCGAUGGCACCCUGCACUGUUUUUUGACUCAGGAAAGUCGCCUGUUUGGGCAUGCAGGAUUCAGAGGUGCUCCCGAGAUUCUCCUCGCUUCAGUGAUGGCUUUAAGGUCAUUGAUUUUUUGUAGUGCCUAGCAGUGAUGGUUGGUCUCCCUUGCGAUCAUGCUUCGUAGGUGUUGCUCUGUGUGUUUGGAGGGAAAACUUCGUACCUUUAGCAUGUACGUGAUGCGAACGAAUGGGCUGGAGUCCUUGAAAACAACAUGAUUUCCAACUUUGGGGGAAAAAUUAAUGGAUGAUGUAUUUGAGAUGAUAGUAAUCGCUUGUGUCAAAUGGAUUGGAGUUUGAUAAAAACUGAAGUAUAAUGCUGGGGUAGUAUUUUUUUCUGCUGUUUCCCAGAAGUAAAAUUUUACUAAUAAAUUCACAUAAAUUAUA